CCGGCAGAUGUUACAACUUUUUCGCAUUCUCUCCCGCGUUGUCCCCCACAGACCCGCCCAGCCCGUGCUUCCUCCCCCUUCCCCGCUGGGGUCCUGCCCACCACCCUACGGAGCCGACAGUUCUCGGGACUCAGGGCGGGGCGAGAGGCUGGGCCAGGGGCUGGAGGGUCGGGAGGAGGAGAAAGAGAAAGCAGAGGCGAGAGAAAUUAGGAGACGGGAGAAAUCGAGGGCUAGAAGGAAGAGGGGAGUCAGAGGAUGGUGGAGAGCACUUUUUGGAAGCCGCCACACCAAGUCUCAGGCUGGCCUGGCUGAACUGGGGGAGAGGGAGCACGGGCGGCGCAGAGCUGGCGCUCAGGCAGCGGGAGGCAGCUCGGCGCGGGCCUGACCUCCCCAGAGCGCCCCGCUGCGGCCGCGCAGGUCCGGCCUCACAGUCCAGCCCGUCCCGGACUGGCCGCUGGGCCUCCCCUGGGGACGCUGAGCGCUCUCGCGGUGUCCGGGCGGGCUGGCCGGAGGGCGUGCGGGCCGUGCGCCCUGGGCGCGCGAGGCGGUGAGGCCCUGGGAGCCCUGCGCGCCGGGACGCACGGGCCGGCAUGGCGAUGCACGCCCUCACCGGCUUCUCUCUGGUCAGCCUGCUCAGCUUCGGCUACCUGUCCUGGGACUGGGCCAAGCCGAGCCUAGUGGCUGACGCGCCCGCGGAGGCCGGCGAGCAGCCCUCGGCCGCUCCACGCCAGCCUCCCCACAUCAUCUUCAUCCUCACCGACGACCAGGGCUACCACGACGUGGGCUACCAUGGCUCAGAUAUCGAAACCCCUACGUUGGACCGGCUGGCAGCCGAGGGUGUCAAGUUGGAGAAUUAUUAUAUCCAGCCCAUCUGCACGCCUUCGCGGAGCCAACUUCUCACGGGCAGAUACCAGAUCCACACAGGACUGCAGCAUUCCAUCAUCCGUCCUCGGCAGCCCAACUGCCUGCCCCUGGACCAGGUAACACUGCCCCAGAAGCUGCAGGAGCUGGGUUACUCUACCCACAUGGUGGGCAAGUGGCACCUGGGCUUCUACCGGAAGGAGUGCCUGCCCACCCGCCGGGGCUUUGACACCUUCCUGGGCUCGCUCACAGGCAACGUAGACUACUACACCUAUGACAACUGCGACGGCCCGGGGGUGUGCGGCUUUGACCUGCACGAGGGCGAGAGUGUGGCCUGGGGGCUCAGCGGCCAGUACUCCACUCUGCUCUAUGCCCAGCGCGUCAGCCACAUCCUAGCCAGCCACAGCCCCCGGCGGCCCCUCUUCCUCUAUGUGGCCUUCCAGGCGGUCCACACACCCCUGCAGUCCCCUCGCGAGUACCUGUACCGCUACCGCACCAUGGGCAAUGUGGCCCGGCGGAAGUAUGCGGCCAUGGUGACCUGCAUGGAUGAGGCCGUGCGCAAUAUCACCUGGGCUCUCAAGCGCUAUGGUUUCUAUGACAACAGUGUCAUCAUCUUCUCCAGUGACAAUGGUGGCCAGACCUUCUCAGGGGGCAGCAACUGGCCGCUGCGAGGACGCAAGGGCACUUACUGGGAAGGGGGUGUGCGGGGCCUGGGCUUCGUCCACAGCCCCCUGCUCAAGCGAAAGCGAUGGACAAACUGGGCACUGGUGCACAUCACUGACUGGUACCCAACCCUGGUGGGUCUGGCAGGUGGCACCGCCUCGGGGGCCGAUGGGCUGGACGGCUAUGACGUGUGGCCAGCCAUCAGCGAGGGCCAGGCCUCGCCACGCACGGAGAUCCUGCACAACAUUGACCCACUCUACAACCACGCGCGGCAUGGCUCCCUGGAGGGUGGCUUCGGCAUCUGGAACACUGCUGUUCAGGCCGCCAUCCGCGUGGGCGAGUGGAAGCUGCUGACGGGAGACCCGGGCUAUGGCGAUUGGAUCCCACCCCAGACACUGGCUGCCUUCCCCGGCAGCUGGUGGAACCUGGAGCGGAUGGCCAGCGCCCGCCAGGCUGUGUGGCUCUUCAACAUCAGUGCUGACCCCUAUGAACGGGAGGACCUCGCUGGCCAGCGGCCGGAUGUGGUCCGAGCCCUGCUGGCCCGCUUGGUGGACUAUAAUCGCACAGCCAUCCCCGUGCGCUACCCGGCUGAGAAUCCCCGAGCCCAUCCUGACUUUAAUGGGGGUGCUUGGGGGCCUUGGGCCAGCGAUGAGAAAGAAGAUGAAGAAGAGGAGGAAGGCAGGGCUCGAAGCCUUUCCCAAGGGCACCGUAAGAAAAAAUGCAAGAUUUGCAAGCUGCGAUCCUUUUUCCGUAAACUCAACACCAGACUAAUGUCCCACCGGAUCUGAUGGGGGGAGGUGAGGUCCUUCCCCACGCAAGCCUGGCCCUGGUCCUCACCAGCGAGGGGCCCCAGGUCAAGUCCUCAUCUGCAGGGAAAUGGAGGGCGUAGGGCCCCUCAGUUGAAGGCUGGGGAGCUUGGUUUAGGAGUCGGGAGAGAAUAAACUAGACUGGGAUCCCUGGGUCCCAGUCCCACCUCUCCAUUGACUUGCUCUGUGACCUCGAGUGACCUGCAUGAGCUCUCUGGGCCUCAGUUUCCUCAUCUGGAGAAUGAGCUCUAAUAGCUUUGUCGCUCUGUGGUGUGGACCUGGUGCCUGGGGCAGUGGUGGAGUUCCCAUCAACUUUGUCACCUCCUGGCUCACUUAAGGCCUUGCUCUUGAACCCUGGACCUCUGUGGUACUUCUUGGGUGAGGGACCACCUGGAGGCAGCUCCAGGCCUGGACCCCAGCCGAGGCGUGGUGAUGUGGCCGCUCUCUGAAGGGAUCCCCUGAGUGCUGAGGGUGGAGGUGCAGGGACCCGGGGGUGACCUUCCUGGAUCUUCAUGUGGCCUGGGCUAGUCCUGGGAACAGACCAGUGGCGGGAGCAGUGGUGGUGAGCUCCUCUUCCUGGGAGGGAAGGGGAGGACUGGGCAUGGCUGUUAGCUCCUGCAGGAUCAAGCUGUGAAAAGAGCCGGGCACCAACAAUCAGGACAUCUGGGUUCUACUCUGACCUUCGGCCCAGUCCUUUUCCCCUGGGCCUCGAUUUCCCCACCUGCAAUGGGAGUGCUAGCCCUGGCCCUGCCUACCUCACAGGCCUGUAGAGGACUGGCCAAGGUAAGGGUUGUGGAGGAACCCGUGAACUUGAUUAAAACGCAGUAACACAGAA